AUAAAUAUAAAUACGGAAACCUCCUACCUUACUCACAACCACCCUUACUCCUGUUUUUCGUCCCGCAUUAAUAUCUUCAUCUUCUUCCUCCUCGCAAAGAAACAUCAAUGGCGAUACCGAGCUCAAAGCCUUUCCAUCUUCUCCUUUUAUUCUCGUUAGGUACUAUGGCUUCAGCUACCAUAUUUACCCUCCAGAAUCAAUGCACUUACACGGUGUGGCCUGGAACUCUCUCAGGAAACGGGCCGGUUCUCGGGGACGGCGGCUUUUCCUUGGCUCCUGGCAACUCCGUUCAGCUCACGGCUCAACCCGGCUGGUCCGGUAGGUUCUGGGCUCGAACAGGGUGCAACUUCGAUUCAUCCGGCAACGGUAAAUGCAUCACCGGUGAUUGCGGCUCGCUGAAAUGCGUCGGUGGUGGACAGCCACCCGUUACGUUAGCCGAGUUCACCAUCGCGUUGGGUUCCACCGAGAAGGACUUCUACGACGUCAGCCUCGUCGACGGCUACAACGUCGGCAUGGGAGUCAAGGCGACCGGCGGAAGCGGCGACUGUCAGUACGCCGGCUGCGUCGCUGACUUGAACGGUAAAUGCCCGUCGCAGUUGCAGGUGGUAAGCGAUUCAGGCUCGGUGGUGGCCUGCAAGAGCGCGUGCGCGGCAUUUAACACGCCAGAAUUUUGCUGCACGGGGGACCACUCGACGCCACAGACUUGCCCGCCGACACAAUACUCGGAAAUGUUCAAGAAUGCCUGUCCGACCGCGUAUAGUUAUGCGUACGAUGAUGCUUCUAGCACUUGCACUUGUUCUGGGUCGAAUUACUUGAUCACGUUUUGCCCGACUCCUUCACGAUCAUUAUUUUAAAUUAGAGAAAAUUAAUUUCUAAAUGUUUCUUUAUUUAUGGUUGUAUUAACAUUGGGACAAGUAUUUCUGUUGGCUAGGUUUGUGUAGUUUUAUAUAUAAGAAAUAAUUCGAUGUUAUUCUUCGCUUUA